GGUCUGUUCUCUGCUUGCAGAAAUUGUUUUUUUUUUUUUUUAAUUUUUAUUUUAUUUUGCCCCCUUUUAAUCGAAUGUGUGAUUUCUGGGCUUGAUUCAAAACCAUCGCUUUUCCAAGUCUUUCAGAGGUCUACACAUCAGGUUUGGAGUUAAAACAAUACAAAAAAAAGCAGAGGAUUUUCAGCACUUAUUAUGUACUUUCAGUUUUUAUUUCUUCAAAUAAAAUGUACAGUUUUGAUGCAUAAUCUAUUUGUUUACCCAGUGUGUGCGCUUAAGUUCUUUUGAUUUCAUUUUUGUUGGGAACUUUUGUUGAUUUUCUCUUUGACAGGGUCCUUGUUUUCUCCAUUAUUCAUUCAUUUAUACACUAGCUUUGGGGUUAAACAUAGGAUACCUCCAAAAGAUUAAUCAUUGUGUGAGAUUCCAGUGUAUAUCAAUAACUGUAUAUGCUUUUCUUUAGUCUACCAGAAACACCCAAUUGCCAAAAGCCUUGCCUUUCAGAUUGUACUCUUUGAUAUUAUCAUAAAAAAUCCAGCUUUUCCUUAUUGAACUCUUAUAGAUUGCUUGGUCCCUCCAGAGUUUUGACUUGUGAGAAGAGUAAAAGAGGGCUCCAUCCUUAUAAGCAGCCUUGUCCUUGUACUUUUUUAUGCAAAGAAGCUAUUUUUUGAAUUCGAAUCUGUGAUCUUGCAAUCACAAAGAAUAGUAUUGUGUACUUUUAGCUUUUGGUCAAGAGAUGGAUCAUAUAAGCAAUGAGGCUCGUGUUGACCAUUUUCGAAUUGGCCCUUCAGGCAUUCUUGGCCGAGCAAUUGCUUUCAGGAUUCUUUUCUGCAAGUCUAUCUCCCAUUUGAGGCAUCAGAUAAUUUUUGUGUUGUUGGAUAAUUUCCAUAGGUUUAAGGGAUUUUGGGCACCCAGUAUAUCAUGGUUGCAUCCAAGAAACCCUCAGGGGAUAUUAGCAAUGAUGACAAUAAUUGCUUUCUUGCUGAAACGGUACACAAAUGUGAAGGUAAGGGCUGAGAUGGCAUAUAGGAGGAAAUUUUGGAGAAAUAUGAUGAGAUCUGCAUUGACCUAUGAGGAGUGGGCUCAUGCAGCUAGGAUGCUUGAUAAAGAGACACCAAAGAUGAAUGAAUCAGACCUUUAUGAUGUAGAGUUGGUGAGAAACAAGCUUCAAGAGCUUCGCCAUCGACGGCAAGAGGGAUCUCUUAGAGAUAUAAUAUUUUGUAUGCGAGCUGAUCUUGUUAGAAAUCUAGGUAAUAUGUGUAACCCUCAGCUUCACAAAGGUAGGCUUCAUAUGCCUAGACUAAUCAAGGAGUAUAUUGAUGAGGUAUCAACUCAGUUGAGAAUGGUGUGUGAUUCUGAUUCAGAGGAGCUUGCAUUGGAAGAAAAGCUUGCUUUCAUGCAUGAAACUAGACAUGCAUUUGGGAGGACUGCUUUGCUAUUAAGUGGAGGUGCUUCCCUCGGAGCUUUUCAUGUGGGUGUAGUUAAAACACUGGUAGGACAUAAACUUAUGCCUAGGAUAAUUGCUGGUUCAAGUGUAGGAUCCAUCAUGUGCUCUGUUGUUGCCACUAGGUCUUGGCCUGAGCUUCAAAGCUUUUUUGAGGAUUCAUUGCACUCAUUGCAGUUUUUUGAUCAAAUGGGUGGGAUUUAUAAUGUUGUGAAGAGGGUCACAACAUUUGGUGCAGUUCACGAGAUUAGACAGUUGCAAAUUAUGCUGAGGCAUCUAACAAGCAAUCUUACAUUUCAAGAAGCUUAUGACAUGACAGGUCGAAUUCUUGGGAUUACAGUUUGCUCCCCGAGAAAACAUGAACCACCUAGAUGUCUUAACUACUUAACAUCACCACAUGUUGUUAUAUGGAGUGCAGUCACUGCUUCUUGUGCCUUUCCUGGCCUUUUUGAGGCUCAGGAAUUGAUGGCAAAGGAUAGAAGUGGAGAGAUUGUCCCUUACCAUCCACCAUUUAAUUUGGGUCCUGAAGAGGGUUCCACACCGGUGCGACGUUGGAGGGAUGGUAGCUUGGAGAUUGAUUUACCUAUGAUGCAGUUGAAAGAGCUGUUCAAUGUCAAUCAUUUUAUUGUUAGUCAGGCCAAUCCUCAUAUUGCACCAUUAUUGAGAUUGAAAGAAUUUGUACGAGCUUACGGAGGUAAUUUUGCUGCCAAGCUUGCUCAUCUAGCAGAGAUGGAGGUGAAACAUAGAUGUAAUCAAGUACUGGAACUUGGCUUUCCAUUAGGUGGACUUGCCAAGCUGUUUGCUCAAGACUGGGAGGGUGAUGUGACAGUUGUUAUGCCUGCAACACUUGCUCAGUACUCCAAAAUUAUACAGAACCCUUCUUAUGUAGAGCUUCAAAAGGCAGCUAACCAAGGGAGAAGAUGCACGUGGGAGAAGCUUUCAGCCAUAAAAGCGAAUUGUGGAAUUGAGCUUGCUCUUGAUGAGUGUGUUGCAAUUCUCAAUCACAUGAGAAGACUCAAAAGAAGUGCUGAGAGAGCUGCCGCUGCUUCUCAUGGUCUGUCCAGUACUUCUCAUGGUUUGUCCAAUACUGUCAAAUUCAGUGCAUCAAGAAGAAUUCCGUCUUGGAAUGUCAUUGCGCGAGAGAAUUCUACUGGCUCCCUUGAAGAUUGCCUUCUUACAGAUGCUGCUUCCUCAUUGCUUCAAGGUGUCAAUGCUUCGAACAGCGCCACUGGUAAAAACUGGAAGUCCCACCGCGACAUACAUGAUGCAAGUGACAGUGAAUCUGAAAGUGCUGACUUGAAUUCUUGGACCAGAUCUGGUGGGCCUUUGAUGAGAACUACUUCAGCAAAUUUGUUCAUUGACUUUGUCCAAAACUUAGAAGUUAAUACUGAACUAAAUAGAGGCAUGGUGGCUCAUGCUAACCCUCAUGAUUUUCAGUACCACAGUUCAAGGCUCAUGACACCCGAUAGGAGCUCCGAGAGCACAGAAUCUGAUCAGAAAGAAAAUGGCAACAGGAUUGUCAUGAAUGGAUCUAGCAUAAUGGUAACUGAAGGUGAUCUUUUACAGCCUGAACGGAUCCAUAAUGGAAUUGUUUUUAAUGUUGUGAAGAAAGAAGACUUGUCACCUUCAAAUAGGAGUCAUGAUUUUGAUAGUUAUAACAAUGAACAUGCUGAAGAUGUCCAAAUUGACUUUCCAGGGAAGGAGAUGGAUGCUGCCAGCUCAGCUUCCGAAAAUGGAGACGACGAUUCGUCAACCGCCAAGUCUCUAACUGAAACUUCAAAUUAUAAUACCACAGAUCAUUCCGGCACAGAUUUGGGUAAGGAUCAAAGCAUUGUUGACAGUUAGCCCCAAAGGUGAAAAUAUUUUUUCUUGUAGUGACUUUUAUCCUUUGGUGCUAUUGUUGUCCAGAUUGUUAAUAGUAUGAAAUUUGGUCUUGCCAAUACUCUGUAUUCAUUUUC